AUGGAGACCAAAGACUCAAACACCCACAUUGAAUCUGUGGAGAAGCUCAAUGACGCCGUAACCAGCGUCGAGUACCUGCCAUCCCUGGAGGAGAAGUUCCCCCAUGUCGACGGAGCCAAGCUCCUGCGAAAGAUGGACCUGAAGAUUGUCCCUAUGGUCACUCUGCUCUAUCUCAUGUCUUUCCUCGAUCGAGGUAACAUUGGAAAUGCCAACAUUGAAGGUCUCUCCGAGGACUUGGGACUCACCGGCCAGCAAUUCAAUCUCUGUCUCACCGUGUUUUUCUUUACCUACUGCACCUUUGAGGUGCCCUCCAACAUGAUUCUCAAGCGACUCAGACCCUCUGUCUACCUACCUAUCAUUAUGGUUUGCUGGGGAACCUGUAUGACACUCAUGGGCAUUGUCACCAACUAUCACGGUCUUCUCAUCUGCCGACUCUUUCUGGGAAUGACUGAGGCUGGACUUGUUCCUGGUGUUGCUUACUACCUCACAAUGUGGUAUGCUCGUAAGGAGAUGCAGCUGCGACAGGCUCUUUUCUUCUCAGCUGCCGGUAUGGCUGGUGCCUUUUCGGGUCUUCUGGCCUUCGCUAUUGCCAAGAUGAGAGGAACAGCCGGUCUGGCUGGCUGGAAGUGGAUCUUCAUCAUUGAGGGUAUCGCCACCGUUGUUGUCGCUGUCAUUGCCUUCUUCACUAUCCAAGAUUUCCCCGAAGACGCCAAGUUCCUUUCUGAAGAGGAACGAGAGUACCUCCAGUACAAGCUCAAGUACGACGGUCUGGAUCGAGACUCAGCAGCUGCUGCCACCGGCGUCCAUCAGUCUAUGGGUGUCAACAACUCUAACGAUAAAAAGUUUGUGUGGCAGGCUUUCCUGGAUCCCCAGUCCUGGGCCAUUGCCUUCCUAAUUAUCUUUGCUGCUACUCCCAUCUACUCGAUUUCUUUCUUCCUGCCUUCCAUCAUCAAGAACCUGGGUCACGUCUCUUCCAAGGCCCAGCUCAUGUCUAUUCCCGUUUCCUUCACUGGUGCCAUCACCACUGUGGUGCAGGCAUACUUCUCAGACAAGUACGGAAUCAGAUACCCUCUCAUGGCUUUGGACUUUGUGUCUGCAAUUAUUGGAUACAUCAUGGCUCUUACCACUGCUGAAUCUCACCCGGCGGUGACAUACGCGGGAUGUUUCUUUAUCGUUGGAGGAACCCACCCUGCCUUUAUUGCUAUGUUAUCUUGGCUCUCUGUCAACAGUGCCGGAACCUACAAGCGAGCCAUUGCUCUCGCUAUCGCUCUCAUGCUUGGUAAUAUGUCUGGAGCUGUAGGUGCCAACAUUUACCGAGCCCAGGACCGACCAGGGUACAAGCUUGGACACGCUAUUAACCUUGCCUUUGUAUCUGCUGGUCUGACUCUUGCUACCAUUACCUACCUCUGCUACCGAGCUGCCAACCGACGGCGAAGAGAGGGUCUGGCUGCUGGUAAGUACGACCAUCUGACCAACGAGGAGAUCCACGACAUGGGCGAUCGAUCUCCUUACUUCACCUACCAGUUGUAG